ACACAAAAGUCUGGCGAGGGUGUGAAGACUUCAGCCAAAUUGGCCGAAGAGGCAGCGGAAAGGCGCGAGCGUAUGGAACGUUUGGAAUUCAUGACCACUGCACAAAUCGAGCACGAGAAUACACAACUUAUAAACGAUUUAUAUCGACUGCUGAAAAAAUAUUUAGGACUGCGGCAUUUAAUCCGAGUGCUCAAGGAGGAAUAUGGCAGCUCAAAAAUGUAUCCGAUCUUCCCGCGCUACACAAUGCUCAAAGAUAUGAUUAAAGGCAUCAUGCACGAUCCGGAUUAUAUGGAAGUUUGCCAUGAAAUAAAUAACUGAGUGGUAGACUAAAGAAUAAGCCGAGUGAAAUGUGGUCAAGGAUGCACCAUCAUAC